AUGGCGGCCACCGUGGAGGACCAUACCGGCCCUAGCCGAACUAACGAAUCUGAUCAGUUUCCACUUGCCUCCGUAUCUGCGCGUAACAGAAUAUCCAUCGACGCGUUUUACGCGCCUGAAAUGGUCGAGUUCUGGGCAAAGAAGUAUCAAGAUGCGAAGAACGAGCUUGAUCUGCUCAAGCGACACCUCUUUACGCAGCCUGAUAGGAACGAGCUCCAGCAGGAGCAGAAGAGCCUAAAGACGCUCGUAUCUCAAUUGAAGUCAGAAAGUCGCGCCCGGGCUGCCCACGAAAAAGAGUUGACCAAGACAGUCGUGAAGGCGCAGCAGCAAAAGGACAAGUGGCGGGAAGAAGUUGUGCGUUUCGAGAAGGAAAGGACAGAGACGGUCAGAAAGGUCGCCGAUCUGGAGGCGCAGAACGAGGCGCUCAAACAAUCGAGGACUUCUAUGGUCAAUGUAAUGCUCUGGCUGCGGAGGCUGAUCAAAGGCAUCAAGCCUGUCCAGCUUCCGGAGACACUGUUGGACGUGCUUGGUCCGAAGGUGUCGCUCAUGACAAAAGUGAUACACUGUCGGCAAGUAGCGAGUGCCGGCCUGCCUCCAGAUCAAAGCGCGUCGUUACCGGCUCAAAUGACUAUGAAACGGCGCUACGAGACGGGCGAGUGGAGCGUCCCGUGCUUCAGUCUACGGUGUGUGGGCUUUAACGUCGAUCUGUACAACGGUCUACCUCUCGCGGUAGAGGAGCUUAUGAGGCCCAUGGCUGCGCUGGAAAAGAGGCCGGUGGGACCAGAUGCUGAGAACGACGCAGUGAACAAGAGAAUCAGGAUCACACAAAGCCCUGGCCGGCCUUUGGGGAAUGGCACAGACGUCAGCCCAGCACAGAGUUCUUCGCUGACGUAUGAUCCGCAUCCUGAGCUGAAUCCAGAAAACAUCCUUGCGGGUCCUCAUUCCAGCUAA